AUGGAACCCAGCCGUGUAGACAUCUUAGUGGGCAUGGACUAUAUGGAUCGACUCAUUUUAACUGAGCUGCGUAAGGGCCCACCUGGCACGCCAAUAAUACAGAAAACAGUCUUUGGCUGGACGUUGUGUGGAAACGUAGAUACAUUCGUUCCACCCGCAAAUCAUAUACAAUCGUUACACUGUGAUGUACAUUUAGAUAGAGCAUUGGCUAGAUUGUGGGAACUUGAAGAAGCGCCGCAAACACGAUAUCUUACCCACGAGGAACGGUACUGCGAAGAACAUUUUGAAUCAACUCAUAUUAGGAAGCCGGACGGACCCUUUGUAGUGGAGUUACCACUCAAGGUCGACGUGCCAUUAGAUGAAUCAAGGAGUCUCGCCGUACGAAACUUAUUACGCAUGGAGCGCAGAUUUGCCGGUGAUCAGGAUCUGUGGACACGCUAUAACGAAUUCAUGCAUUAA